CUCGAACCCCUCCCCACUCCGGUGUAAGACAGAACAGUACGGGCCAAACCUGUAGCAAAUUGGUACAGAAUUAAUGGAAAUCACGUCCUCCUCCUCUCUUUAAAUGAGCUUCCAUCGCUCGCUCGCUCCUUCCCACUUUCCAAAUCUCUUUAGCUACUUUCCACCUGAUAUAUUCAAAUCUCGUAUAAGUUGUCCGAUCGCUAGCUCUUUAAAUUAGUCUGUGACCAUGGCGCAGAACAAGCCGCUAAUGCUCAAGCAUUUCCUGGAGCUGGAUUGUGACACCGUACCGCGCCUUCUCGACGCUGAACUCCAGCGAGGUAGGAGUCAACUUCCGAGAACGUGCUCAGAGAGUGCGCGCUCGAGGAUCUCCUCCGUCAUCAAGAUGCUGCCUUUCGCUAUCACGGCCGGAUGGCUACUCUCCAGGAGCUUAUCGAAGCGGAUGAGGAUAGACUUCUGGAGAAAUCGAGGCAAGUCAUCGCUGGAGGCGGAGGCCGUCGACGGCGAACGACUGCGGUCUUGCAGCUUACCAUUGCCGCCGGGCGUCAGCAGAUGCAGCAGCUGGUCUUUCAUGUCUGACAGUGGCUUUAACUCCGACGAAACGAAGAACGGAUCAGGGAGGAAAGCCGCCGGCGACGACGUCUCCGACGCGGCAACCAAGAAGGCGACGAGGGAUGGAGAGGGAAAAGAAUCAGCUGAAUCCCACAGCUCGUCGGAGGAGGAAAAGGAGCAGCUGAGUCCAGUGUCAGUGAUAGAAUUCCCUUCCGAAGGAGAAGAAGACGCGCUAUCGCCUUCCUUUCGCCACAUCCUCUUGAAGCUGCGAAGGAAAAAGCGGCAGCUGCUCCGCAGAAUCGGACGGUUCGGACGCCUCGCGGAGCCCACCCGAAUCAACCUUGACCGUUGCUUUGCCUCGUGCAACGAUGAGGUGAUGACAGCGAGGAGGCUGCUGCGGCAUUUCACCUCGAUCUGCCAUGUAAGCUCACUGGACGCGAGCUUAGAGAAACUUCUGCUGGAUUUCUUCGUUCACAGCUUGACCGUCCGGCAGAGGAAAGCGGCGAAGACGGAAGAAGAUGAGGAAGCACGGCGGCUGAUUUUGGCGGCGAGGGAAUGGAUGGAGGGAAGAUGGUCUGGGGCCGACGACUACCACGGGGAAGGGACGGUGAGGGAGAUGGAGGAGGGGGAGAAUGGGUGGAUGAAACAGCAGGCGGCCGCGGAGGAGGUGGCCGUGGAUUUGGAGGGCCUUCUCUUUGGAUUGCUGAUGCAGGAGCUGAUGGUGGACUUGGCUAGCUACGUGCUGAUGUAGGUCGUCGUUGGGGAUUAAUUAGUUUUGAAUAGGUUAGGAUUUUGAGAUGGAGGCCACCAUGCCAUUUUGAGAGAUGAAGGAAGAGGCGGUUCAGAAACUCACCUACCUUAAAUAAUUCAAUUCAUGAAUCAAUAUUUCUGAGCUAAA